AUGCCUCCAAAAUCAAGUGGAAAGAAGGGCAGCAAAGCAUCCGGAUCCAAAUCUGCUGCAAAACCAAUCAAUAGGUCAGAUCGUAAAGCUGUCGAAAGGACAUCUACAAGAGGAGCAAACACAUCUCUCGACACCGCAUCGCGAGCCCGCGCGCUCCAGAAACGGCUCGAUGAACUAGAACGUGAUAAUUCAGGAGCAUUGCCUGAUGUUGAUUUGGUGACCACUGUGCUGCAGCCAGUGUAUCAGACUGGUGCUGGGUCAGGCACAAAGAGGCCAAGAGGGUUGGCUGAUGGAGAGAAUCAAGACGCACCUGGAGCAUCAACAAAGGGCCGAAAGCAACAAGUUAGACGAUUGCUUCUGUUACGAAAGAACCUUUCUUCUUAUAUCGCUGAUUCUAAAUUCGAGCAAUUACCACCUGGAACACCAACAUACUUGACUGCCAACGCACCACCGUCGAAAUUCCCGCCGAGAAAGAUAUGCUCAGUGUGUGGAUUCGAAGGAACGUAUGCGUGUGUCAAGUGUGGGAUGAGGAGUUGCUCGAUACGGUGCUUGGCUGCUCAUGAGGAGACUAGGUAA